AUGCCGAUGUCAGUACAAGAUCAUAGCAAACGUCGUGUUGCAUAUUACUACGACGCAAAUGUUGGAAAUUAUUACUACGGACAAGGUCAUGUGAUGAAGCCUCAUCGUAUUCGAAUGACUCACCAUCUUUUACUCAAUUACGGUAUCUACAGGAAUCUGGAAGUUUAUCGUCCGUUCCCAGCAACAUUUGAAGAGAUGACGCGAUUUCACACAAAUGAAUACAUGAUGUUCUUGCGAACAGCUACACCGGAUAACUUGAAACAAUUCAACAAACAAAUGUUGAAAUUUAAUGUUGGUGAAGAUUGUCCAGUUUUCGAUGGCUUAUUUGAAUUUUGUCAGCUCUCAUGUGGUGGAUCUUUAGCAGCUGCAGUAAAGCUGAACAAGCGGAAAGCCGAUAUAGCAAUAAACUGGAUGGGAGGUUUACAUCAUGCAAAAAAAAGUGAAGCCAGCGGCUUUUGUUAUACAAACGAUAUUGUUUUGGGCAUCCUCGAACUUCUCAAAUAUCACAAAAGAGUGCUUUACGUUGAUAUCGAUGUUCAUCAUGGUGAUGGUGUUGAGGAGGCCUUCUAUACUACGGAUCGAGUUAUGACUUGUUCUUUUCAUAAAUAUGGUGACUUCUUCCCAGGAACGGGAGAGUUAAAAGAUAUUGGUGCUGGGAGAGGAAAGUAUUAUGCAGUUAAUGUACCUUUGAGAGAUGGCAUCACUGACGAGUCAUAUCAAAGCAUCUUCGUUCCGGUCAUGGAGAGAGUUAUGGAAACAUUCCAACCGUGUGCUGUUGUUUUGCAGAAUGGAGCGGAUUCUUUGAAUGGCGAUCGCUUGGGCACUUUCAAUCUUACUUUGAGGGGGCAUGGUGCGUGCGCUCGAUUCUUUCGAGAACGACAUAUUCCACUAAUGAUGUUGGGUGGCGGUGGUUAUACGCCUAGAAAUGUGGCUCGUUGCUGGACUUACGAGACUUCAAUUGCUGUUGAUAUGGAAGUCUCUGACGAUCUUCCAUACAAUGAUUAUUUUGAAUAUUUUGGACCGCAUUAUCGACUUCAUAUCGAUCCGUCAAAUGCGAAUAAUGAGAACACUCCUGAAUUUCUGAAGAAGAUACAAGAAGGAGUAAUGGAGAACUUACGGCAUUUACCACAUGUUCCAAGUGUGCAAAUGCAACCGAUUGGCGAUGAAUCUUUUACCACAAAAUGCCUUAAUGCUGAAGAAGCUGAUCGUGAUAAUGCUAAUCCGGAUGUCCGACAACACCACACUAUGAUGGAUGAGUCUAUGGAAGACCAGGGUGAAUUCUAUGAUAAUGAGAAAGAAGGAGGUGAUAUACGAAAUGAACAGUCUUUCAAACGUUCGGGGUCAGAAACUGAGAUUGGCGAUGCGGAAAUAGCAAAAAAGCCAAAAGUAGAGAAUCAUUUCAAAGGUUUGAUCCCCCUUCCAUCAAUUUUGGAGGCAAUUGAUGUGCAGAAGUCUUGCAAACAUGUUCAUCUGAUGGAAACAUUGUUCUGGCCAAAUUGUUCAUCGAUCGAUUUGAAGCGUUGCAGUUUUGUAGUUUCUAAUAAUAUCGCAGACGACUGA